AUUCACCAUUUUUAGAGUAAGGGGUCUGUGGAGAACUCACAGUAUUGGAUCACAGAUUACGUUGGAUUUCCUCACUUUUUUGAGCCCGAAUUCUUCCGAAAAGAUCACAAGAUGAAUGGGAAGAAAGACAGAAGCAGGCGGAACAAAAAAUCAGAAUCCCCAGCGACCCCGGCAACCCCAGACUCCAACCCAGGAAGGACCAGAAGAACAAAGCUCUCCAAAGACGAAGAUGCAACAGAUGACUUUGUGAGGCACAAAAAGUUACGGAACGCCAGCAGGAAUGGAAGCAGAAUGGCAGUGUCCAGUGAUUCGGGGACCAGUGAGCCGUCAUCGUCAGGAGCAAGUACACCAAGGCCUGGUUCCCUUGAAAUCCCUAUAAGAGAGACAAGUACAGAAUCAUCUCCUGUAGGGGAGGUCCAAGAACUGCCAAAAGGGAAAGGAGAAGUGGUAUCAAAGAGGUUGGUUGUUAAUAGUGAUAUUGUAAGUGCCAGGACUACAGAAUCACGGCAAAUGGUGCAAACGGUUACUGAAGUUAAGAGCAUGGCUGAAGUGGUCCAGGAUAGUGAAGAUGAUGAAGAAACGGACAGCGCCCUCUCUGGGGAUGAUGAAGCCAUGCAGUCAGAGUCAAUGAAUGAGCCAGUAUCUGCCUUGACUCCUGUCAGGACUGGUGUGAAGAGGCCGGGAGAGUUCCCAGAGUCUGCUACACCCCAGAAGAAGCUAGCUGUUGAUGCCAAAGAAUUGGAAGGCCAGAGGGUACUGGCGAGAAGGGGUGAAGCAUUUUCUCCUGGAAUAAUCAAACUUGUAAAAAAGAAGAGCAUUGGUGUGUUGUUUGAAGGGGACCAGGGCCUUACUAUGUUCAAUGAUGUUAUGGACUCAGAUCAGAUUUGUAUUGUCAGUGAUAAAGUGCCUCCAGUGAACACACUGAGUAAUGGGUCCAAAGUAUGUGUCCAGAGAGACGGCAAAGGACAGUAUUUUGAGGCCUUUGUCAGGGAAAUGAGACCAAACUCCAUUUAUCAAAUUGUUAUGGCUUCUCAGUUACGAGAAGGCUCAAGUAGCAGUUCUGAAGACAUGACAGUCCCUCUUUGGAAGCUGAGGAUGUUACGACCUCCGUGGCAGAACCCUCCCUCUGGACCUGUUCAAACUCCUGGUGCAAUUGCCAGACAGCUGACAUACAGUCCCUUUGAAUCCAAGAAUGAAUCUAUUCCACUGCCUAAUCUGCACUUUGACUUGCAUAAAGUGACACCUCCAGAACAGAAGACACUUUCGGAUCGACUUGUCCAAGACAGGAAUGUCUUUAUCCGUGACAGGCACUUGAGUGGUGAAAGGAGAGUUCAGUUGCCUCUGGAGGAUAUUGGGUCAGAUGACGAGCUCAAGAACUUUGACAGGCCCCUGGAAUUCCGUGGACGACCAACACUUACUCCAGGAACAACUGGUACGUCCACCCCUGGUUCUCUCUACUCUCCUUUUGAGAGCAGCCUGGCUCGAUUACCUACCAGCUAUUCAAAUCGCAAAAGACACAUCAGCAGUGCCAGUAACGCAUCAACCAUCUCCAUUGGUAGCACCCAUUCCCUGACACCUCCACCAAAGUACAAGAAGGGUGAAGUCAUCUGCAACGCCAAUGGAGUCCGCAAGAAGUUCAACGGUAAGCAGUGGCGACGACUGUGCUCCAGGGAAGGAUGCAACAAGGAGUCCCAGAGACGUGGUUACUGCUCUCGACAUCUUUCCAUGCAGGGUAAGGACCUGACAGGGGAAGCAUCUUCUGGCCAGGAGCAGGACUGGGACAGUGACUCAAGGUGUUCAAGUGCCAGGACUGUCCGCACAGGUAAGAUGGCUGAUUAUCAUAUACAAUCCUACACCCAAUUUGCACCUCACAGAAAAUCCCUGAAAAAUCACAAGCAAAUAAUCCCAUGCAUGGAAUAUGUGUGUAAUGGAUUUGUCUGAAAUGUUGAUGUGAUUUCUAACUCCCACUGGCUAAAAUUUGAAGUCUGUGGCACCUUUGGCUAUAGGUAUGAUAUUUCUUUUUAAUAGGCGAGACUAAAGAUUUUUUUUUAUAUUUAAAGGGAAAGAGUGACAUUUAGAGGUUUAAUGCAAGCGCAUCAAUUUGUUUAUUUCAAUUAUUAAUCUCUUAAAAAUAGGGGAUUCCCUCCUUGUGCUCCUGCACGAUCAUAUUUCUUAGGCUUGGCUUACGUUUUUUUAUAACUAAUAUCUUGGUAGUUCCGGGUUUUCUCUGUGGAUUGAUACUUGCACAGAGUAUGCAGCAAGUAAUAGAACAAUGAAGAAGGCCAAACUGAUUUACACAUUUAAUUUGAAAUAGGAAAAUUACAGCAUACUGUACUUGAGCUGUAAUGCAAAUUGCAUCUCUGGCUAAUCAGCCUUAGCAUAGUGAACUGCCUGACGAUGAUUAGUCUGUUAUCGUAUUGAGUAUUUGGAUUGAAAAAAAAAUCCCUUUAAUAAACAAACAUGACAGUCUUAUGAUCUCAGGGAAAAAGAAAAUUGGGGGGGGGGGGGUGGGAGUUCAGGGCGAUUUCAACCCCCAAAGUAUUAAAGUGCGCAAAAGAGAACCAGAAAAACUUAUUCACUGCAAUGUUCAAUUUUAUCCAAUAUGGCAGGUGUAGGCAGUACUGUACCUUGUUUGUGAAAAGUGUUCCCCUGAAAAAUGAAUGUGAGAACUACAUGUAUAUUAUUCAAAACAAGACAUGAUCAAUUAUAGUUUUAUGUUCAACUUAAAAACAUUUUUGAAAUAAUUUGUUGGCUUCCAAAGUUUAUGAAUUUGACUUGCCCUGCGUGGAGCUUCAUUUUCGCUUUUAAUGAGCUGAAUACAAACCAGCUUACAAUUUGAGUGUACUGUAGAAUUAUAAAGGAGCUUUUUCAGUACGUGCGCUUUUCAAGGAGUGAGCUGCAAAAUUUUCUUAAAUUUUUGUCAUUUCCUGGAUGGAAAAUGUGCAACACCCACUAUACUCUGUGAAUAAUUUAUAUCACUCGUGGCCCUGGGCCUCCUCUUCAUGAAGGCAUGCCUAAUUUGUACUUUGAUCAGAAAUGUUUUAAUAGAAAACUGCCUGAAUGGAAGCUUAAACGUAUUCAAUUGACAUUUUAAGGACCUUGUGAAGGCAGAUUUUCAGAGUGAUAUGAUAUGAGCACUGCUGCUAUGAUAACAUCAUUCACAAUUCUGUAAAGUGCAGUGUCAUGUCUGGGAUUUAAUAUGCCUGAUAAAUAAAAUGCCCUGCAUGCAAGUUUUAAGCGAUGAGAGACACCCAUGAAGCACUUCAUUAGAGCUGUAGAGUUAUAUGACCCUCCCCUAAUAAUUUCUGGAAUAGUGAUUUCAAUGCUCUCAAAUCACGCCCCUUUACAAAUAGAAUUUUCUUUGAGAUUUAAUUUUCACAUCCAAGCGAGGCAAUUUCAUUUAAAGAUUUUUGGUCUGUCUCAGGGGGGGGGGGGGGUGGGGGUGGGUGGUGGGGAAAAGAUGAAAAACUCCCAUUGGCUGAGCACUGUAGAAAGUAGAAAUUUGAGGGGCCAUGACUCCCCCCCCCCCGGCAAGUGGCCAUGCUUCAUCAUUCGAUACAUGUACUGUAUCAUCAAUAGCGUUUAACAAUUUUGUGAUUUUAUACAUGUAGUUAUUCUACAACAUUUUGGUUAAUAAUUUUAUACACAUUCAUUCAAUUAUUGUUUGAAAUAAAUAUUCAAAACUAUAAAGAACAAUGAUUUUUUAAUUAAAUUGAAGAGCCUCUAUUUGUUUGCACUCAUAAAAAAAUAAAGGAUAAGCAUUGAUUUUUUUAGUUUUCGUAACAGUUUGCGAAUUGGACUGUGAUAUAUGUUUGAUAUCCCGAGUCCUCUAUAUGUGCAAAUGACUUUGUUUAACAAUCAAAUAUUCACUGUGUAUUCAUGAUAGCACUCAUUACAGUUGCACAAUAUCAAGCAGUCAGCACUUGUCGCUUUGAAUUUGUGCCUUAUUUACAUACAUUAUUAAAGAGAGAG